AUGUAUCACGAUGACAAUGGAUCGGAAGGACCGAGAGGAACCUUUGAAAUAUACAGAGCCGAAGCCGAUUCAUUGUUCAAACAAGGGGAAUACAGGAAAUCCAUCGAAAGUUAUACCCUCGCACUUGAACUUACUCCUGGAGAGAAGAACUGCCUGGUUGCCCGAUCAAAAUGUUACCUACAGUUGGGAGACAUGCAGAGUGCCUUAAACGAUGCAGAGGCUUCUCUACAAGAGGAUAAAGACUACCACAAGGGCAUAUUUCAAAAGGCGCAAGCCCUGUAUUAUCAGGGUGAUUUUGAGAUGGCCCUUGUAUUCUACCACAGAGGUCAUAAACUCAGGCCUGAGCUUCACGAAUUUCGUUUAGGCAUUCAAAAAGGACAGGAAGCUAUAGAUAACAGUGUUGGUUCUCCAGACACCGUUAAGCUGACAACAGAGGGCGACCUGUCAUACUUCGAACAGAUGCAGGAUGAUAAGAAGAUCAAGCGCAAGACCAACACAAUCGGUCGAACUGCUGUUGCCCAGACAAGCAAGACGACAAAGCAGCGCACGCCUCCAGGCAGCGAGAAGACCAUCAAACAGCUGCUUGGGGAACUCUAUGGAGACAGACAGUACCUCGAGAAACUCCUAAAAGAAACAGACCCACAGUCAGAGAUGGGUAAGACCAUAUCCACACUGGUAACUGAGGGCCUCUCCUACCUUGAUACACGGUCUGACUUCUGGCGCCAGCAGAAACCCAUGUAUGCUCGCCGACAUGAUCGCCUUAUGCAGCGCCGGAAACGUGAGGUGUCGUCCAAUAAGGUGUCACCCAAUGAUUACAUCAUCAAGGAACUGGAGAAGAUUGAUGAUGCUCAUGUUGAGGGACGUUACACAGAGGCUCUGCGAAGGUCCGAGAAAUGCAUGGCAACUGUACAGAAGUUCUCUGAAGAAGACGUUCCAAACAAGACUGAGGUUAUUGCCAACCUUAACAGUUGCCUUGGUAAUGCAUACCUAGAGCUUGGAGACUAUGGCAAGUCCCUUGCUAGUCAUGAGAUGGACCUGCAAAUUGGAGAGACUAAUGACCUUGGGGAGGCUGUCUCGAGAGCCCUGGACAACAUUGGCAGAGUGCACGCCAGAAAGGGAGACUUUUCAAACGCCAUACAAGUCUGGGAACGCAAGCUGCCGAUGAGCAAGUCUCCAUUAGAGAACACAUGGUUGUUCCAUGAGAUUGGUCGCUGUCAUCUUGAGAUCGGGAACUUUUCAGAGGCGAAGAACUAUGGCGUGCAGUCGGAGACAGCUGCUGUAGAUGCAGGGGACACCAUGUGGCAUCUACAGGCCUCUGUGCUUACAGGACAAGCUGAGGUGAAACUGGAGGAGUACUCGGCAGGAGCAGCAACAUUUGAGAAGGCGCUAGAACUCGCAAAGGCACAAGGGGACAAGGCUGCAGAAAGUGCCAUCAGCAGAGCCAUAGAGGACCUGAACACCAAGAUAAUCAUAGAGCAGGUUAAGCAAGCAGAAAAUGAGAACAACAUUAAUGCCAACCAACCCCCAUCACAAUCACCUGAUAAGCCCGCAUCACCUGUAAAGUCAUCUUCACCCGUUAAAGAACCAGCCAAGACUCCUGUACAAGAAACCAAACCAGAAGAGACCACUAAGGAUGAAGAGCCACCAAAAAAAGAAGAUACACCAAAGACCACGUCAAGAACAGAGAGCCCGGCUGAAAACAAGCCGACAGCGACAACACCCAGCGGAGACAAGGCUGAGGAAAGUGUGGAGGACAAGCCAGUGGAGAAAGCAGAGGACAGUGGUGACACAAAGUCACAGGAGCAGACCGGGGAAAGCUAGAAUAUUGUGAUGUGUAUUAGUUAUUAAACAUACAUUUUUAAGAUUUGGAUAUAUCAUCACCAAUGACAGCCAGUUUGGUACGUUUCCAAGGCUAAAAUUAUAGACUUUAUCUUUUGAAAUAAAUACUCA